AGGGGCAGGCUGUGGGUGGCGAGCGGUCGGGGCUGGGCUGGGCCGGGUCCCCCUCUCCUGACGCCUGUGUGUGCCCGCGAGGCGGGCGGGCGGGCGGGCGGGCGGCAGCGCCGGUGAUCGCUUCCAGCGCGAGGCGCCGAGCGGAGCCGAGCCGAGAGCACCAUGUCCCAGGCACAGCAGAGCCCCAGGCACGUCCUUCUCUCCAGAUACCCUGACAGAGCACCAGAGGAGCAGACGUACGGCAGCCUCCUGGCAGCGCCAGACACUGCAGAGCAAAUGGAACUCAAUAUCAGCUCAGCCAUCCAGGUUGGCCAUCAGCUGGCACUGAUUGGGGAUGAAUUUAACAGAGCCUACAGCAGGAAGAUUGAAGACACACUGCUUCACCUGGCACGCAGGGUUGCUAUCAGUGUUUUCCAGACAUGGAAUAUUAUUAAAAGUGUUACAAGAAGCUUUGGAAACGUUUUGAACAAUAACUGGACAAAGAGGAUCACUGGCUAUGGAAGCUGGGUGUGCCGGCUUCCUUUCAGGUGUGUCUGCCAGAAGCUGGUGCUUGCAGCUCUGCUUGCUGUCGCAUUUUGGUGGGCCAUAAGCCACGGACUGCAAAAUUAACACAGAAUUACCAUAGGAGGUCAUUGCUGGACUCUGACCAAUAUAGUUAACACCCAGGUGGUGGCAGCUGGUUUGUUUUUCAAAUUUACACUGAUAAAAAUCGCUUUUAUAUUUAAAACCUAGGCUAGUGCUGGGUCACUGCUAUUUCAUACCUUUUUUAAAGAGAAAAGUGUUUAAAAUUAUGAGGUUGUUGCUGGAUAACUGCCUGACUUGCUAGUUUUGAAGUGUGAGGCCAGGUUACAAAAGUCUAUUUCUGUCCCCUUUUUCGUUUGUUCUAAUGCAAUGUAAAGCGUCUAUUUCAUAUCAUGGAGUUUCUUGAAAAGAUCCCGGCUGUGGGGGAGACAGAAGGCAUGCUGGUCAUCCUUAAAACUUAAGACACUGUAAAAGCAAUAUCAGGGAGAAAAACCAUGAUACUUUUCUAAAAUUAAAUAGUUGCUUCACAUGUUCUGUGGUGUAAUCUACUUCAAUCCAAGACAUAUUAAUGACAGAAUUCCUUGUCUUGUUUAUCUAACACUACAGGAUGGGCUUUAGUUGACUGUGUAGUAAAAUAAGCACGUGGAGUUAUGGUCUGUUGGAAGAAGGGCUGUUUGGAUGGUGUGCUACCAAUCACGCUGAUUGGACUGGCACUCAAGGGCUGCCCAGUUCAACCCAUUACUUUUCCAGAAUGUUUCAAAAAUGAAAUGACUGAUCUUACAUUCUUCUGCUUUACAAAGUGAAAUUCUGCUGUUGUCCAGGAAAACAAGAAUUGGAUUGAAUUUGA